UGGGACUCCCCCCUCCUUCCCUCCUGAGAAAGUGGAACUCCCUCUCUCCCUCCCUCCCAUCUACAGAUUUAACAGAGCAGAGUGAAGCUGACGGCCACAGUUGUUUUCUGGAUUGUAACAGAGAAAGAAGCCGCUCAUCGGACCGCCACCAUGGACCUGAAGCUGCUGCCACUGAUGCUUCUGCUCGCCAUCACCACACAUGUCCCAAGCUCAGACGCCAAACCCAUCAGUCUGGUUGAGCGGUGCCGGUGUCGCUCCACGCUCAACACCGUUCCUCAGCGCACCAUCAAAGAGCUCAAGUUUCUGCACACACCUAACUGCCCGUUCCAAGUCAUUGCGAAGCUGAAGAGCAACAGAGAGGUCUGCAUCAACCCGGAGACCAAGUGGCUGCAGCAGUACUUAAAGAAUGCCAUCAACAAGGUGAAAAAAUCCAAAAGACGCAACAACAAUAAAAUCUAAGGCGCGAUGAGCAUUUUGCUGUCGGAGCUGAGAUUCCCAGGUCAAACGUCUAUACCUCCCUGACACCGCUUUGGAUGUACGCAAACACGCUGUAUGCACCCGUCUGCCUCUACGGACCGCCUGCAGAGGGAACGCCUCACCUCCGAGCUGCAGCAUCGCUGUGAACCUUUGAGGAGUCGCCUCCUGCCAUCCUACACAAACGCAGUCACGACCUGGAACAACGGGACAAAUAUAUCAGCUGAGAGACUAACAAAGCAGACCGUGUGUUUGAACUAACUGCUUCUGUGCCUGUAUAUAUAUUAUUUUAUUUCACACAGCUGUUUAGGACACUUUCUGACUCACACAAAGCUUUCGCAACAUGCAGGGGCGUGUCCAGGGAGUGGCCUGGGGUAGCGUAUGCCACCCUUGGAAUCUGAUUGGCCACCCCAGGCGCCACCACACUAAUUUACCUUUAAAUAGGCUUUUCAUUGUCCAAAAAAGGCUUGGAGGUAAAACAAAAAUAGCAUAACCAUUGGUGCCACCCAUGCACAAAGUUGUGCCUCACCUGGGCCACCCCAUUUUAAAAGAUCUGGACACGCCACUGGCAUCAUGUCAGUUUUGACUAGCAGUGUGCGCUCCCGCACGGAUGUGUCGGUUUUGGUUUUUAUAAAACAAGAAGCCUUUAAUGUGCAAACACCAAAGGAAAUUCAUUUAGGUCAAAUGCACCGAGCUUUUCCUGCAGAGGAAUCAGUUUUCACCCCCUCAUUCACUCAAAUUACUUCCCGCAUCAUUUAGGCUUCCACUUCUCUACUGCAGGAUUUCCAGAAUAAAAAAAGUGCGCAGAUUUGACGUGAAUGUGGCGUUACUUUUUAAUUGAAGGGCGAAGAGAGGAAAACGCAGAAACGGGUCACUGGGUUGAAGCAUUUGCUAAUUAGGAGAGACAAUGAGUUUGGCAUCACUUCAGGAACAAAACAAAGAAGGCUUAUGUAAACAGACAAGAACCAAUUUUACGGUGCUACAUUUUCACAAUAAGAGUUGUCGUAUUUCACAGCUGACUUUGCGCACGAAGGAACAAAAGACCGAGGAUGUUGUAGGUUGAAGGAUUUUUGCCAGGUGAUGUUAAAGCCACGCGGGAAAUAAAAGGCCUCAUUAGUGCAGCUUUUUGCUAUUAUUUGAGAUAAAAAAGGAGGAACAAAGAUGAAUGAAUGAGUUAAUAAUCCAUCUUUAAGAUACACGCUCACCUCACAUGGCAUAGAUUCAGGUUUAUUUUGUAAUUAUAUAUCAGGAGUCAAGAGCUGUGCAUAUGAUCAGUUUUCUACCAACACCUGUCCUUCAGAGGAAUGAAAAGCUAAGAAACAGUCGAAUGACUCGCGUCAUAAAGGGACUGGAAAGCUUUUAAUUAUUCACUUUUUAUGUUCAUUUUUGAGCCACUUUAUUAUCAAAUAUGUCUUUUUUAAGUGUGUUUUUGUAUUUUUCUACAUUUUUAAUCUUACUAAUUGUUAUUAAUAAGUUGUACAGUAAGUAGCUACAAAAUGAAGGCAGUUUCAGUGUUAAAACUCACUACUAAACAUGCAGUUUGUAGUCAUGAUUCUUUAUAUGCUUAAAGUCGAGUCAAAUCUGUUAAAACUAACAGAAAACAAAAAGCUGUGGAGCUCAGGUGUCUGUUUCAAGUCAAUAAUUAUAUAUGUAAUUAUUACUUCAGCUGAUGUGUCAACAGCACCACUGAACCAAGACAGAGCACAAAAAAAUAAAUACAAGAAAUAAAAUGAAUCCAUCUAACAGCAGCUCUCUGUCUGGACUAUUCUAACACCAAACAACCACAAAAUUCGCAAAAUUUGGGUUUCUUAAUCCAUUUUUGUAGAAAUCAACACAUUUUCUCCACUUUUUCUAUUUUUUUAUCUUAUUUAAUGACUGGUGAUGAUCAUCUUAACAGCUUGCAACAAAUAGUGCAAAAGUCCUGCUACUGAAUUCUCAUAGAUAUGGUUUAAAUCUCAUUUAAUUAUGCUAACUCAUGUAAACACAGUUGAACAGAUCUUUUAAAGGUUGAAAAUUCAUGAUAAAUGCCUAAUUUUAGUCACUGUGUGUGUUCAUGGAUAAAUCACUUCAUUUUUUGUAUUUCACUUAUUGAACUCUGGGAUUUACUUCAGUUAUUUUCACAAGUAACAUCAAGAUAAUUAAAAUAAGCAGCAGCCAUAGUAAAUGAAUGAAACAUCUUUAUUUCGCUCAUAGUUCACUGGGAUCUAUGGAAAACAUGAUGUUACGUGUAUUUAAGUGUCGUUAUAUCUGCAGAAGUGAUUUGAUGUGAUUAAACUUCAGACAUAAACAGACGUUCAUUAAAUAUGGUGCAACUACGUCUUUUAAGUGUGUCGAGAACUUACACAAAUCACAUUUUCUGUUUUUUUUAUUGACUUUAUUUUGAUGAUCGUUGAAUCUAAGUGAGUUUUAUUUGAACCCCAAGGCAAUGUGAAUUUAUUUUGUUUCUUUUGAGGCAGCUUCUGACAUGUUUGUUUUUUUACAUAAACAAGAUAAAUUACAUUGUAUUCUUGCUGCUUGUAAACUGAGAGGCAGUAUUUUAGUCAUGACAUCUUUGCUCUUUUUUUCAAUAAAGUAUUACAAGACAAAAUCCA